UCACAGUGAAGUGAAGCCUCACAGAGCCACGAGCAUGGCCGCAGACUUACAGCAUAGGCAGUAUAAAUAAUGGACGUAGCCAUGUGACAACACCCACUGGUUUGUGGACUGCUGUUUUAAGGCCUCGAGUUCGGAAUUUCAGCUUUGGAGCUGUGGAGGAGCAAGGGAUGGAUCUGACUCACAGACUGUGGUGACGCCUCGCAGACAGCCUGUCACUCAAGUGGCCCGCCCUUAAAGAUGCCUAACUUCGGGCCUUAAUAAAAUGUAAACAGAUCCAGACAUUUAGGAGGUUUUGAACAGGAGCUGAAUCAUCCAGAGAGGUCUCCUCCUCUCCAAACAAACGGACCAGGUGAUUUAAACCAGUAAAACCACUGAAUAACGCAGUUUCACAUUGAAAAACAAGUAUUUUUCUGACACUGCUCGUCAUGGAGGGAUUGCUAACCACAGUGGAUGAAGCAAAACGCAAUGGCCUUACCUAGAACCAGUGUUCGGUUUGUCCAUUUUGGGCUACUGUAGAAACAAGGCAAUGCAACAUGGCAAUCUCCAUAGAUGAGGACCCUCUCCAUAUAUUUAGUGUCAUUCUAAGGUUACAAAAACACAAUGAUUCAUAUUUUUGGGUGAUUACACAGUAAAGAAAACAUAUUUAUUGUAUGACAUUCCAUUUCUGCCAAUACAUCCCCAUAAAUCCUACACACUGGAGCUUUAAACUGUACAUGUUACCUUUUAAAUAAAAAGAAAUAAAUGAAGUAAGUAUUAACUAACAUGACAUAAGUUUGAGGUAUGUGGUAAACUGUAAGUGCACUCUUUACCUUGUGACACUGUGAAACUGUACUAUGAAUAGAAAUGAAGAAGAGUCUACUUCCCUUUGCAACUGUCUGUUGCACAAGACUGCAAACCUCCCACUGACUGUCUUAUGUGUUCAAGAUCUAAGCUCUGUGCCUCAGUGUCAGAUCCCACAGGAGGCCAGCAGGGGGCGCUGCAGGCUUACACAGUCAAUAACAACUACUACAGCACAUUUUAUUAUCCUGCUGGGGCAGGAAAAUGUAUGACAGAUAAGAUGUCAUGGGCACGUCAAAGGGCUUCAGCACUGACUUGACCUAAUUAAGAGGUGGGUGCAGUGAGGAAAGCUCAGUGAAUACAGACACUGCCCUCUGUUAUCCAUUGGGGCUGAUCAACAGCUGGAGUGGACUCUGACCUACCCAGAAGCCCCAUGUGAUUCUCAUCAGUGUGUGCAUGUAAGAACAGCCGAAGGAGGCCUGUCGCUAACCUCUAUAUAAGAUGACAGCAAGUCAUAUCCAACGCCUCCAGGGACUGAAGGAACUUGUAUGACGCACAGCAGACGUGGGACCAUUUGGGGAGGCAGCUUCUUCAAUUUUUUUUCGGACUGACCCGGCUGCACCAUGGCUCUGCUCGUGCACAUACUAGCCUGUGCCUUUGGCCUGGGCUCUUGGGUGGCAGUAAACGGUCUGUGGGUGGAGCUGCCACUCAUCGUCAACACUCUCCCAGAGGGCUGGGAGCUCCCCUCCUACCUGACAGUCAUCAUCCAGCUGGCCAAUCUGGGACCUCUUCUGGUCACCAUCAUGCACAAACUGUGCCCGGGUCGUCUUAAUGAACGUGUUGUCAUUUACUCCAUCCUCUCCAUCGGCAUCCUCUCCUGCAUCCUGCUCGUCUUCUUGUGGGACAAGACUACAAUAGUGGCCGGGGCGCCACGUAGCACUGCCUUCUUCAUCAUCACCUUCUUCCUCUCUCUGGUGGACUGCACCUCCUCAGUCACCUUCCUGCCUUUCAUGAUGCAGCUUCCAGCCAAAUACAUCACCACAUACUUUAUUGGAGAGGGGCUCAGUGGUUUCAUUCCUGGCAUAGUCGCUCUGGCACAAAGUGUGGGCAUCUCUAAAUGUGUCAACUCAUCUCAGACUGAAGGAAACCACACAGACUCAAACAUGUGGUCUUUACAUACAGAGUAUCUUCCCCCCAACUUCUCCACAGAGGUGUUUUUCAUCUUCCUAGCAGCCAUGAUGUGCAUCAGCCUGGCUGCUUUUGUUGCACUGAACAGGCUCCCUCGGACGCUUGAGCUGUCCACUGAAAACCUUGUGCCAGACACCGUGGCAUCUGUCAGCUCCGGCCUGGACAACCCCGGAGCAGAGACUGAUGGCGAGGGUGUAAAAUGCCAGGGUGAGGGGGCAGCCCAGAGCACGCUUCUGCUGCCCGGCCCAAAACACUCAGUGUACCAGCUGACCUUCAUCUACUUUAUGGUGGUGUGGGUUAAUGGUGCUACCAACGGCCUGCUGCCCUCUGUGCAGACGUACUCCUGUAAGCCCUACGGAAACCUGGCCUAUCACCUCUCUGCUGCUCUGGCAUCAGUGGCCAAUCCAGUGGCCUGCACCAUUGCAAUGUUCUUCCAAAACAGGUCACUGGUAUUUCUUGGCGUGAUGACGGCACUGGGGACAGGAUUUGGCAGCUAUAACAUGGCUAUGGCAGCUUUGAGUCCAUGUCCUCUGCUUCAAGGGUCAGUGCUGGGAGAGAUAAUCAUUGUGCUCUCAUGGCUUUUCUUCACUGGAACUCUGUCAUAUGUCAAAGUCAUGGUGGGUGUCAUCCUCAGAGACCGGAGCCACAGCGCCCUGGUCUGGUGCGGAGCCGCAGCACAGAUUGGCUCGUUAGUUGGCUCGGUCACCAUGUUCCCACUGGUUAACGUCUACCGGCUGUUCAAGUCGGGAGAUUUCUGCACCACUAAAUGUCCUUUAUGACAGUAAAUCUGAGAACUGAAGCACAGAGGAAGCUGGAGACACUCUCCGUUAAAAGAAUAGUUCAAGCUUUUUCAAUUUCUUACAAAACGUUUGAUGAAUAGACUGAUACCACUCUCAUAGCUGUGUGUUAUGCUGCAAUCCAUUGUACUCGGAGCUUGGAAGAAAAUGACCUCCGACACAGGAAAGUUCAAUGGUACGAUCAUUCAAGUAUGACACAAGUCAUCAAGUUGGAAACGUCAGAGCAAUGUGACGUCAGAGCAACAUGGCGACACACAGUGAACCAAGCAGAAUGAAAUUUUCAUGAAUUAUUUUACCUUAUUUAGUGUUUUAUGUAAUGUUUGUGUUGUGAAACGUGCUCUAACAUUGUAGCUGCCAUCUCCAUUUCUAUUCGGUUGAUUUGUGCCUCACAGAAGAUCAUGAGUAAAACAACUUCAUGCUAUUGACUGUAGUGGCUCACACUAUUACUGCACCUGUUUACACAAUUUUGAGCUGUUGUAGGUUAUUUCAACUAGCAAAGACAAGCACUUGACUUAGUUUAUAUGCCUUUUUUUCUUUGCUAAUGGCGCUUUGGUAACUGAUGUGGGUCGUCUGGAGAUGCUUGUGAAGCUCAGAGACCUUACAAACAAACAUCAGUUUGCUGCAGGUGUCCAUGUUUUCCUGAGGAGAUGCACUGGGACACGUUUAGAUCGCAAGUCAGGAACACCGACUCCGUAUUGUCGACUUCCGACUUGCAAUGGAUUGCAGCAUUAAGGAUACAGCUAGAGGUGGGAUUCAAUUAGCAUAGUUUAGCAUGAAAAUGUGAAGCAGGGGGGUAACUGCUAGCCUAGCUUUGUUUGAAAAAAAUCUGCUUACAGCCACCUCCAAUGUUCACUAAUUAAUCUGUUUGUUUGUUUUUUUUCUUGUUAAAACCAUGCACAAAUCAACGAGUAUAAAUGCUGUGGUUUUACAGGGAGUUAGUUUGGAGUGUAGUUUUUACAUUUUGUUCUUUUUUGCAGAUUAAAUAAGAUAAAACAUGUUAAUUGAUGAACAUUAUUGGUGCUGGCAACCAGAAUUUUAAAAACUUUUGGACAGUCAGGCUAGCCGUUUACCCCUAAAUCCAGUCUCUAUGCUAAGCUAAGCUAAGUCUAGAACUCUGUCUUUGUGGUUCUUCUUAGAGUUUAUCAUCCUUCAGCUUUUUGUUUAUAAAAGUGAUGUUUUUGCAUUUAUUUUCUUCCAUUUGAAGCUGUGAUUUUUACAUCAUGUUUGCACUUAACUUUAUCAAUAUGUGUGUUUAAAGUCAUUUAAUACACUAUGAUGGGAAAUACUAUUAAUCUGUAUAAAUAUAAGUUAAACACUGUGACACAGCUGUCAUUCAUUCUGAUACAGUAGUUUUAGGCUAAAAGGUGCAUUGUACCAAUCCUGAGACUGUCAACUUGUCUGCCCACUAGAUGGCGCAAGCACACUUCUAUACAUUUAAAACCUCUCACUCCACACUCUGUAGUCCUUGAAAGUGAAAUACAUUUAUACUGUGCAUGUGAAAAAAUAAAA